UAAUCAGAACUGCAAUUGUACCUUGGAGUUUACACUUAUAAAAUGGAGCCAAACCUGUCUGUUGUACUAAAGCACAUGUUUAAGGGCAUAUUUCCUGAUAUUGAAACCAGAGAUGUCUUCACAACAGAAGAAAGCAGGUUUCCUGUGGUUCUGUUUUAGAUAAGAGCCUAGGCCACAAAGUUCAGGUCAGUUCUCAAUUUCCCUUUUUAAGAAUUCUGCAGCUCCAUGAAUCAGAAAUAUCAGUUGCUUCACAGACAAGAAAAGCACCAAGUAUGGAAGUUGGAUCACCCAGACGACAGAAAUUCAAGAGUUUGUGCAGAGCUCAUUAAGACAUGUGAACAAAUGGACUUUGGCUUUUAUGGAGCGAGAUCCAUAAUCAUUAACUUGUUUGACUUAUUAAAAAAAAAAAAAAAAAAAAAAAAAACUUUUGCUUUCAGACAAUUCCCUAGGAAGGUAAGGUCUUUGAUAUGUGUGGAAAUGAAAUAAAUUAACUUAAUCUUCAGCAGGAGUAGUGAGAACAAGCAGGUAAAGUAUUCUCUAGCUGGGAAGUCCCAAGCGAAUCCUUGUGGAUCCGGGCACCUGUUUUGAUCUUGAUGACUGCUCAGCUUCAUCUUCAGUCCUCCAACCUUUUAAGGAUUCACCAAAAGGUGGGGCAUUGAAUUCAUUUCUUUUUUAUUUGCUGAAUGAAAACAAGCUCUGUGCUCAGCCUGAGGCAUUGCCUUUGCCUGAAUGACUACCACAGGACAUCAGCAAUCGACCCCCCUGGGAAUGCUCUAGGCAUCCUUAGCCAGAAGAAUUGCACAAUGAGGAAAUGUGGGGGAAAGCAUCCAUAGCAUUUGGCAAGGAAAAGAAAGAGCAGUGCUGUGAGUGGGUGUUCAUACAGCAGAGGAGAUUGUUGGAGAAAGAGGCUUUGUUCCCUUCUUAAUGCUUCUUUUUCCCUGUCCUCUCUUCUGAGGCAAGAGAAUGAGCAGGAGUGCAGUUACUGGCCCAACCCUUUUGAUCCAGAGGAGUAAAAGAGAAGUGCUCUGUGGGGAGGAAGGAGAAACCCAAGGAUGGAGUUAGAACAAGAGAAAUGAGAGCUUCAUACCAGAACUGCCGCUGGCCGUAACUGCAGCUGAAACCAGAAGGAAAUGAGUUGGCUCCGUGCUUGCUUCAUAGACAGAGGUCCUCGCGCUGAGACAGAAGCUAUGAAAAGGCAAAGCUCUGAUCAGGAGCAUGAAGUUAUUGAAUUACAAGAAGUUAAUGGGGAAGAAAGCGAAGUCGAUCACAAGAAGCCUCUAAAUUCUUCAGCAGCUGUGAUGAGCAAGGAGAGAGAUCACUGGAAAUCAUGCAGCAAAGUCGUUUUUUGGAAGUGUAAACUAUGGAUGGUUUUAACUACAAUUUUUGUAGUAUUGUUCCUGGUCAUUAUCAUCAGCCUAGUUCUAUAUUCUAAUGUUUACACAGAUGAGGAUGACUAUUGGGAUGCUGAUGCACUACUACAUAGUGGAAAUUACCACAAUUUUUCUGGAAAGUUCAGGUUGACGUGUGGUCUUCCACACCUUUUUGCUGAUGACAUUACUAAGAAGUUAACAGAUGUCUACAGUUCAUCUCCAGCUCUAGGACGCUACUUUAGGUCAGCUCAAGUGGUUCAUUUCAGUAAUGAAAACUCCACUGUAUUUUACCAGCUAGAGUUCUCUGUACCGCCAUCAGCAGAAGGGUUUAUGGAAAACUUAAUGGACCCAGAUUUUAUAAGAAACAUUCUACGUCAGAAUAUUUAUGAUGAAGAAGACACUUUUUAUCCUGAGACAUCUGAAUGUAACAAGUUAAAGCUUGACCCAGCUUCUCUCACAUCAACAUAGAAAUAAUGGACUCCUCAUCUUUCUCACCUCCUAGAAGAGAUGGGCUUCUACUGUCUGUUAGUAAUCCCAGGUUAGAGAGCUAUUAAUUAGGUUGAAACACGUCUAAAGAUGGUUCUCUUCAAAUGAAAAUGUGGUGUAUUGCUAACAGUAUUGUACUCCUAGGACAUUGCUACCUCCUUCAUUUUUGUCCUGACUUAUGAGUAACCCAUUUCAGUCUUGUGAAAAUCAUACAUCUUGCUUGAUAAAGUUCUCUACUGACUUGGAAAACUCUAAUUUGUUUUAUGAUGAAAUCUAGAUUCCCUGCUCGAGAUUAAAAACAGUCCUGUGUGUCUCCUCUCUUUUGCUCUUGGCUUAUGCAAAAUUCUCUGUACAACUUCAUCCUUAAUUUUCAUGUUCAUCCGUGCUCAUGUCUUGUACUUUUUCUUUCCCUACCAACUUCAUCUGGCAUAUCCUCCCCAGUGUUCUUUCCUCUCAAAACAACCUUAUAACUUAAAUAUCCUUUCUCUUUUCUUUAAUUAUAUGCAAAACCUUUGCACUUCCUUCUUAAGUAAGACUGAACUCUCAUCAUCCCCUUGUUCACCCUAUACUCUUCAUAGAGAAGGUGUCAUCAGCACUGUUUUUCCUCAUCUGUAAUGUGAAAUAAAAAUGAAGAAGGAAGAAACAUCGGGAAGAAACAUGACUUGUUCACUAAUGCAUCUGAAUGCUGCAGGAAUCUUUCAAGGGUCAAAUUAGCUGUGUACUUCAGUAAUUGGCUACUGGUGCUUGUGAAAAGACACCUAUUAGGCCCCCAUCUCUAAAUUCGAAGGAAAAUGGGUGUACACCCUUCUAAUACACCCUCCCCUGGCAGUGGGGGAAAAAAAAAAGGAAUGAACAAAUGCAAAGUUCUUGCCUUAAUAAGGCAGCAAACAGUUGUUGACAGUAAAUCAUAUGGGACAGACCAAUGCCAAGAAAAAGGUGCUAAAGCAAAAUGUAGGCCAGUGUAGCAAGAAAGAUAUAGCCAGUAACUGGUUAUAAGUUUAAAAACUAAGCAUUAUUUUUUUGAGGAACAUGAAAUCUUCACUACCAUGUUAGUGAAGUGUAACUUCUCACUUAGAAACGUUUGUAGCCUGUAUAAAUGUUAAUAAUGUUGCAUAGGAAAAAUUAUUUUUAGAAACUUUUUUUACUGUGAGAAAUAUGAUGAAUUGUUUGUUUUUUCCAAUGUUUAUUUAAGGAAUCUGAUGACUACAUUGUACAUUAAAUUAUUUAUUUUUACUCUUAAA